UGUCUUGCGUGCUCAAGUUUACCGAUUUCGGAUUUUGGAAAACUGGAGCGAACUGCCCUAUUUAGAAGCUAUUUUACCCGAAAACUCGCCUUUCUUAUGGAUCUCCAGUCUUAUCAGAGAAUAAGUUGAUAACGAAGCUUUUUGUCGGAUUCGAAAUUAUGGUGAAAAUCGGGCUAUGGGGAAAUAUCUCAGCUGGUUUCGAGACGCCUUAUUGCCCUGUAUAAACUCCUAAAACCACUCGCCGGUGUUUGGAAAAUGCAGUCAAAACGCGAGCGAGAGAGUGAAAGAGACCGUGAGAGAAAGGUUUCUAGGCCAAGUAGGUCUGGUGUCCACUCUCCAAGAAACAGCAGUAACUCUUCGGGGUCCGGAGUGAUGAUGGUAGGGCCAAAUUUUCGUGUCGGGAAGAAAAUUGGAUGCGGGAACUUCGGUGAACUUCGGCUAGGAAAAAAUCUCUACAACAACGAACAUGUAGCGAUCAAGUUGGAGCCCAUGAAAUCCCGAGCUCCUCAGCUCCACUUAGAAUACCGAUUUUACAAGGCUUUAGGCAACGCUGAGGGGAUCCCUCAGGUGCAUUAUUUUGGUCCCUGCGGCAAGUACAAUGCCCUGGUGAUGGAGUUGCUUGGUCCAAGCUUAGAAGACCUUUUUGAUCUGUGUAAUCGCCAAUUCAGCCUCAAAACAGUCCUGAUGGUAGCAUUACAACUGAUCUCAAGAAUUGAAUAUGUCCAUUCCAAGAACAUGAUCUACCGUGACAUCAAACCUGAGAACUUUCUAAUAGGGAGGAAAUCAGCAGGGAAGGAAAAAACAAUAAACAUUAUUGACUUUGGUCUAGCCAAAGAAUACAUAGACCCAGAAACUAAAAAGCAUAUACCUUAUCGGGAGCACAAAAGCCUAACGGGAACAGCCAGAUACAUGAGUAUUAAUACCCACUUGGGAAAAGAGCAAAGUAGAAGAGACGAUUUAGAAGCCCUAGGACAUAUGUUCAUGUAUUUUUUGAGAGGGAGUUUGCCCUGGCAAGGCCUAAAGGCUGACACAUUAAAGGAGAGAUAUCAGAAGAUAGGAGACACAAAGCGUGCCACGCCCAUCGAAGUCUUAUGUGAAAACCAUCCAGAGGAAAUGGCCACAUAUCUUCGCUAUGUUAGGAGGCUUGACUUCUUCGAGACACCAGACUACGAGUAUUUAAGGAAACUUUUCCGAGAUUUAAUGGAGAGGAAGGGAUAUGUGGAAGACUUUGAAUUUGAUUGGACACACAAACAGAUACCAAGCCCUUUGAAUUCAGUCACACAUGGUGGAGACCAUACCAAAGACACACGCAAUUACCCCAGAACGUCCGAACGGAUUACUUCUACCUCUGGGACAAACAAGUCCGUGCAGGACAGAAAGGGAGCAUGGGCGGAGCCCCAUGGGCUCAAGAGUCCUGGGAUGCUGGCACCCACAGCAGACCGUCUUGGGGGUUCCGUGCAGGUGGUGAGCUCCACAAAUGGGGAUCUGGGGCCAAUUGAUGACCAGAGGCUUGAGGCCAAGACGGGAGGUGCUCCCCUUAAUAGCCAACCAGAAGUAGAGAUUGAAGAGACAAAGUGCUGCUGCUUCUUCAAGCGCAAAAAGAAGAAAAAACAGCCAGUGGCCAGACACAAAUAAUUCACUUGACAAUAUGAACUCUUACUUACCACAUAGAUUGUGCGGUUGUCCAGCAUUAUAAGUACAUUUGUGAAUGUUUUGUAGAAGUGAAUUUUAUAUGGAAAGAAAGAAAAAUGGAAUCUGUAGAAAAGAUACUGUUUUUCAAACUGUAAGGGUGUUCCACAGAGCCUUUCCUGGGCCCUCUUUAUUGAGAUUGUACAGGUUAUCAUGGCAUUCUUAUUAUGGUAUGUUGUUGUAGUGGUACUGAGCUUGUUAUUUUUAUCAAAAUGUUUUUUCUAUGGUAGAUUUUUUUUCACAACAACUCCUCUAUUUUUCUUCUUCUGACCCAAAUUAUCUACAUACCUUAUUACUACAAACAAGUAUUUAAAGCAAAUUAAUUUUCUAUUGUAUCCAUAGUUUUAAAUAAAAAAUCUCCAAAAUUAUAACAAAAACAUAUGAUGAUGAUUAUAUUGCACAAAUAAAGCUCUGUGGGACACCUUGAAUCUAAGGAAAUGCCUCUUUGUAUGAUACCGUUGAGUAUUGUGACUAGUGUUUUUAUCGAGUCUACGAAAAUGCUGGACGAAGGAAUUGUGUGUGCAAGUUAGCAACUUAAAGUUGACUGAAAGCUGUUGCCCCAAAUGAUUAUAGGGUUUUCAUUCUACAUUUUGAACAUAACCGAGUGGGCACAGCUUGAUGUACAUUCAGCACACAACGAGAUCAAGCUUCUUUGUUUAUUUCACAAUCAGAUGAGCAUGCCUUUACAGAUUUUGUGAACUAAAACUUGGUGUAUAUGCCGGAUAUACACUUCUUACACAGGAUUUUGUACAAUGUGUGCUCAUGAUAUGAAAAAAUGCCAGUCGAUCAUGCCAUGUGAUCGUUUUAUUCACCUCGUUCAAGAGGAUGUUUUAUGCAAAAAUCAUGUAAAAAGAUCUCAUAUAGUUAGAAAAAGCUAGCUUGUUAUUCUGAAACUUCUGAAAUUACAUCCAGUCAAAAAAAAUUGUGAAUAGAUGCUUGACAUUCUAGUAGAAAUCUGACAUGUG